CACAUUCAUUUCAGUGUAUCAACCACCUUCCUGUUCCUCUGAGAAAACUAUAACCACUGCACUAGCUUAACAGUACGUAGUCACAUAAGCAAGUAAAUUGAUGAUAUGGCCACCAUGGAAGACAUGAGCAUGAGUGGAGAAAUUGCACUUCCUGGCUUCCGAUUCCACCCCACAGAGGAAGAGCUUCUGGAUUUCUAUCUUAAGAACAUGGUUGUUGGCAAGAAACUCCGUUACGACGUUAUUGGUUUCCUCAACAUCUAUCACCAUGAUCCUUGGGACUUACCUGAUUUGGCUAAGGUUGGGGAGAGAGAAUGGUACUUCUUCGUGCCGAGGGACAAGAAGCAUGGAAGCGGAGGAAGGCCAAACCGGACCACCGAGAAAGGGUUUUGGAAAGCAACCGGCUCAGACCGGAAAAUAGUCACUCUGUCUGAUCCCAAACGCAUAAUCGGGUUAAGGAAGACCCUGGUUUUCUACAUGGGAAGAGCCCCCAGUGGCCGCAAAACCGAUUGGGUCAUGAAUGAGUACCGUUUACCUGACAAUUGCAAAUUACCCAAGGAAAUAGUGUUGUGCAAGAUAUAUAGAAAGGCAACUUCGUUGAAAGUGCUGGAGGAAAGAGCAGAGAGAGAGAUGAAACAAAUGGUGGGUUCCCCUGCUUCUCCUCCUUCAUCGACGGACACCAUGUCCUUCAGCAGUCCACAGGAAGAGGCAAACGUGACCUUGCCUCUGCCAUUGUUGCAGCAUGUUCUUAAGAAAGAGUCUGAAUCUGAAGAAACAAUGGGUUGUGUAGUGCCUAAACAAGAGAAAACAAACAACAACAAAGGUAGUUGUGGGGCAUCUUCCCUACAAAUGCCCUUUGGGAAGGACAAUCUUCCGGACCUGCAGCUUCCCAUGUUAACAGAUUGGACCCAAGAUACCUUCUGGGCUCAGUUGAAUAGUCCAUGGCUCCAAAACUUAACUCCUUCCAACAUCUUAAACUUUUACUGACUCCACACAUAAUCAAUCUCUAUGUGUAUCAACUGCAACUUCAAGUCAAUCACUUCUUAUUAUUAUUA